GCCUCAGUGAACAAAUUAUACUCGAACCAAAUAUUUCGUAAUACAACGAAAGUAUUAAGCAAACAGAGUAAAAUGUCACGUAAAUACAUCAUCUUCACAUUGAUGAUCGUGAUGAUCACAUUGGUCGUUUCAAUUCAAGGAGAAUUAGAUGCACCAUUGCCCAAAUGUGAAAGCGGUUUUUCUUAUUAUAACGGAUGCAAUGGCUGUCUUUGUGAUUUAGCUGAAUCUAAGUGGUUAUGCACUACUAGAUGGUGUGGUGGCAUCCGUCUCAUUAAGCCUCCGUGUUUAUGUGAAUAAACUAAAUAUCCAGAGAUUCCAGGACUUAUGCCAAU